GCAUAUCUGUUGUUAGAUUGUGAUGUCUUUCCUUCGAUGCUUUUGUACGAUUUAGUUCCCACCGGUAGCCUCCUACAAAAUGUCCAAUUUUAUCAAAAGUCUAAACAAGACAUGGUUAAAAGAGGACAGGUUGAGGAAUACCGAAGAACUGCUGACAAAGCAUCUCGGUGACAACUUCUUUGUUGACUAUUUCAACGUUUUUCUUAACCUGCCGGUAUUCGGUCAAAGAGUGCUGUUUAAGCUGCAUGAGAGGCGUUUUAUUUUCGACCCUACAGUUUUUGAAGCAGUCGAUCAUGACAGGGUUGUGGCAUGGCUGGCCGCACGCAGGUUUCACCUGUUCACAAAGACACACCUCUUUCUGGAAUAUCAGCUGUGCCAUAAAUUGCGAAACCUCGACUUUGAGCUGAGGUUCAAGGAUCUAGAGUGCGACAGGCAAACCCAUCAUGCGCUGCAGGUGUUCGCCAACAACCUCCUGGGCAGCGUGGCUGGCAUGUACCUGUUCCGAGAGCACCUCCGGGCUUCGUCCGGCUUGAACGUUUUUGGGUGCUGGCUGCACGUGCAACGAUUCCGACAGACGCGCGUGUUGGUCAAGCGACGGGAGAUAUUCCACGAGAUCCAGCGGCGCUAUCUCCACGCCAAGGCAGUUGACAAACUGUCUAACACGCUGUGCAGAGUUGUUACACUGGAUCUCCUGUCUUUUCCUGUGGUGCCGGAUUCUGAAACUGAGUUGUCAGCGCAACUGAUGAAUGCUCGCUACGUGCCCUCUUGCGAGGUCGACCUGUCGUCAUCUGAAGCCUUGGCGCAGGUGCAUUGCGUGCUUCUGGAAGCCUUGCGCUCUUACUGGGCUCCUUGUUACGUCAUGCACGUGCUCUCCACCCAGCCCUUUUCGACACUGGAGGAACUGUUUAGAGUUCCAACAAGGAGCGUCAUCCAGAACUUUACAGAUCUGAAGAUGCUAAUCAGAAGAUGUACCCUUUUCGAAGUCUCGGGUGACCUAAGACACGAUGCAUAUUCUAGUAAAGAUGAAUGGAGCAUGCCAAUAAUCUCAGCUUCUUCAUCGACAUUGUCUCAAGCAUCUUUAUCUUCUACGCAUAUCACGAGUAGUCCUCAGGAAAUCUGCUUUGCCUACCCACCCAAUCUGCAGGUGACCAGAGCAUCGAGGAUUUCAGCGCUAGCAAUGGGGCAUAGUCACCUAGCGACCAGAGAUCAACUGCAUCCUGAGGAUAUAGGUGUCAUUGUGCAAAAACUUCCAAGUAUAGAGAAAACGCAAGGACGAGACUCUCAGACUCAGGGCGACACCAGUGAAGAGGACCGAACAGAGACGUGUGUUGUAGAAGAGCUGCUGGACAUAGAACAUUAUUGCGACUUUCCUGAACAAGAAAACAAACGACACGAGGAGGAGAAGGGGGGAAAGGUGUCAGAAGAGCUGGAAGAUGAAGACGACAGUAAGGUCAGGUUGAAUAUGAUGAGACUUGCCCUGAAAGAGAUGGCCCUUAAGCCCGAACCCAUGCUUUACCUCAACCAGCUGCUGCGGCAUUACCUCUUCGGCUAUCGACACCUGGACCAAGAGAAGCCAGUGACUGACAGGCGAACCCUGUGCCUGCUGGCUUGCGACGACUUGGCCGGCAGUCCGUUCCGUUCUUACCUGCGUGGUCAGGCCCAGCAGCUGUAUUUGAGCUACUUUGACUUCUGGUCAGCUAUGCGCCGGUAUCAGCAGUUGCAUGAUCUUAACCGAAUGGGGGAAAUUAUGGACACAAAGUACUUCUGUAUGAUCGCCGACGCACACACACAACACAUCCGUUAUAUGGUAAACAGAUUUCUAAUGGGCAGUGGUAUUGAUGCCAGCAUCUUAGAAUACAAGAUUCGUCUGAGUCUUCUGGAGGACAUCAGAAAAGCCAGAUGGUCACCACUCAUCAACUCAACAUUGGACGUCGUGUCCAAUGUACUCAGUAUCCCCAUGACGCAGUUCAUCCUUUAUGACAGACAAGAUUUUCGAAAGCACGCGAUGGAUUCAAGCAGCCCUUUGCUCAACUUAGAACAGGAUUCACAAGCUGAGGACAUAAUGUCAUCGGGUCUGCCAAUGCAGAUACCUUCGGUCCUGCAUUCCUUGCUGAAGCGGAGAAACGAGGCAGCGUCAUUGCGAACAUUUGCUGAUCGCCGCUGUCUCUCAGAUCCCUGGAGAGAGGAUCCCAAACACGAUCCAGAUGGAGACAUGGAAUGUCUGCGACCCACGGAUCCUCGUGGCACCAAGUAUAAUGGCGUUGUUGGUGUCCUGGGCGAACAGCAUCGCUUACUGGCCUUUCAGUUUCUUAUCGUCCUGCGAGAAGAUCUGCCAGACGCACAGGUCUGUGAUGUGGCUUCUUUGGCAAGAAUUGUGGGGUCUGACUAUGGUAGCCUGCACAUUCCUUUCUCGGCUCCUGUCACUCACAGAUUUUUGGCCAGUCUUCGACCAAAGCAGCGAAUGUCCAGGGCGACGUUACUAAAACCAUCGCCUUUGAUGGAAGAUUUCCUUUCCCCUGUAAUCAAUAGGUUGGGGCCUAUGCAUACUUUAACAAUGAACGAUCUCUUGGAAUAUAGAAGAAGAAGAAGAAAACUGGUGCUUAAACUUCCAAAAACUCCAAGAAAAUUUUUGGACAUCUUAGCAGACGAGAUGCAGUUCAACGUUUUCAAGAAGUAUUUAGAGCUGAAGGGUCAGUUGAAAGCAGUCGCUUUUGUCGAGGAUGUGCAGGACGCCUUGCGGCUCCUGGAUCAAACAGAGCAGGAGACAAUGGUCGCCGGCAUCAUAGAACAGUAUUUCGGGAAUGGUGAGAGGAUUCUGACCUUUGGCGAAGAGCUGCCUAUGACAGUUAGGAUUGACAAAAGUCUCAACCUGAAAAACCUGCACUCAGUUCAGUUAUCUUUGGAAAAACAGAUAGAAAAAACAUGGUUUAAGAAAUACGUGGAGGAUCUACAGCUACAAAAAGUAGACCUAUCACUUUUCGACCAGGAAACCAACAAGGACGACUGGCUAGAAAACUUUCUUUUGAAACAAGAGGUAAAAACAAGGGGCCAGAAGAAAAAGAAAAGAGGAAGAAGAUAUUAAUGAAACUAAAGAGCAAGAAACAAAAAGGAAAA